GACGUUAUGUUAAUGCUAAGAAGGGAAGUCAUAAAACUUAUGAUUCUUAUCAGGAUUAUUAUUAUGACCAUCUUCCAGAUGUAGAUUUUGAUCCAAAAGAUAUUCUUUCUGGAGAAGAUUAUAAAGAGAUUUAUCAAACCAUGAUUGAUGAUAUUAAACAGAAUGUCGAUAAAUGGAAAAUUGAACCAGAAGGAACUUUGACCGUAGUUAAACAUAAUUCUGGCAAAAAGCAUUAUAAAGAAGGAUUUGACAAAGAUAAAUGGGAGGAAAUUGAAAAUAAUUUUACUCUCAUGGAUUGUUAUAUGUCAAUAUUUGGAAAAUUUUGUAUUAGUUUUCAUAGGUUAUUAGAUUUGAAAAGAAUUGAAGUUUUGGUAUUUGACGAUGUGAAAAAACAUAUAUCUAAAAAUCACGAUUUUAUUGCGGUUUUGUCAGGAUUAUCAAUUCAACUUUAUGGCAUGAAUAAAAAAUCAU